ACUCCUCACCUACCUGUCACAGAGACGCCACAGGAGAAAAAGACAGAAGAUUCUGCUAAGAGCACCUCUGCGCCUUCAGCCCACACAAACCUAUGCCGUACUACCAGUGUGCAAAGCAGGAGGGUGUCUACAGACUCAAUCACACAUUCCCACUCCUGGAUCUCUGAGGAUGACAUCUAUAAGCCACACCUUGAGGAACUGGUUGACCCCGAUGAGUCUUUACUAGGCUUUGGCCCAGCUCUUGUGAAUGGAUUGACCUCUCCCCCUCCAGAGCCCGAGACGCCCCAGUCUCCCCCCAGCGUGGUUCACCGCAGGCAGAUAGGCCUGUCCAACCCUUUCCGUGGGCUGCUGAAGCUGGGCCAUCUGGAGCGGCGGGGCGCUGUGGGCAUGUGGCGGGACUACUACUGCGAGCUCUCGCCCUUCGAGUUCCGCCUCUACCUGAACGCAGAGGAGCGCACCUGCUGUGACAACUGCUCCCUGCUGCGUUGCGAAGACGCCCGCGUCACCUCGGCCGAGGGCCGCUUCGACCUGGCCUUCCCAGGGAAGAGGCUCCACCUGCGGGCAGCCAACCAUGACGAGGCAGAGGACUGGGUGGACCGCAUCGCAGAGGCCGUCAGCAAGUUCCGCCCGUUGCACCGCCUUGACGACCAUUCAGAGGUGCUGCAGUCCACUGACAGCUUUGUCAUCCUGGAAGAGCCCCGAAAAUCUUCCCCUUCGUCCCCCUCCGUACCCACCAGUCCCGAGCGAGGGGGUACUGCGGUUGAGCAGGAGCAGCAGCCGCCACUUGAGCUAGACUGGACGCGUCCCACAGUCCCUGAGUCAGACGCCAUUAAGGAGGCGGUGCUGUACCUAUCCCAGGACGCAGAGGCUCGCAACUGGACUCCUCUGGUCUUCUCCCUCUCCUUGGAGACUCUCAACAGUUUCCGGGUACAGGAUGGGCGAAAGGUACUGUGCUGCUCCCACCCCAUCGAGGGGAUACGGGACGUGGUCCCAGACGUUUCUCUGGGGGGACCGGCUUUCUUUAGGGUCGUAACAGCCAGAGAUACGCUCAAGCUGAGGGCCAAGAGCCCUGAGGAGGCGCGUGCCUGGAGGGGCAUCAUCAGGGGAGUCCUGGACUCCUACCUGGAGAAUGGAGAGAACGGGGAGCCUAAUAGCCCCGGGUUAGCCACUGGGGCAUGGGGCAACGUCCACAGACUGGUGCAGCAUAGACUGAAGGGGGACGGGGUGCUGCUGGCCCAUCUAUAUACAGUGCCCACAGAGAAGGGGCUGGACCUUCAGGGCUUCAAGUGUGCAGGUUGUCCAAAGCCGGUGGGUGUCUCCCGGGGAAAAGCCAGACUGUGCGAGUUCUCAGGGAAGUACUAUUGCGACGCUUGUCACCAGGGUGACACCAUCGCCAUACCCUCCCGCAUGGUGCAUAACUGGGACCUCACGCCUCGCGAGGUCUCCAGACAGGCCCUCGAACUGCUGGCUCAGGUUGAACAUGAGCCCCUGCUCAACCUUCACCUUUUGAACCCUAACCUGUGGGAGCAUGUUGAGGCCAUGGCCCAGGCACACAGUCUCAGACAGAGGCUGCAGCUUGUAGGACACUACCUGCUCACCUGCCGCAGUGGGCCAUGCAAGGAUAUUCAGACCAGACUGGGCCUAAGGACAUACCUGUUAGAAUCAAGCCAUCUCUACAGUGUCAUGGACUUACAACAGAUAGCGGAGGGAACAUAUGUUGCCUACUUGAAUAUGUUGAUCCGGUUUGCCUCCAACCACGUUCAACAAUGUGACCUUUGCACCCAGAGGGGCUACAUCUGCCAGAUCUGUCAUGCCGGUGACAUCAUCUUCCCCUUCCAGUUCGACACCACUGCCAGGUGUAAAGAGUGUAAGGCAAUGUUUCACGCAACUUGCAAGGCCCAGUCGUCCUCGUGUCCACGAUGCAUGCGUCUUCAGAGGUACCUCGAGAGCGAUCUGCAGGACUGCUCUGUUUGACCCAGUGGCCUUCCUGUAGCUGCAGAGACCUAUGAAAUGACAAACGACAAGAGCAGACAUUCAUGUCCUGCUUCUAGUUUCUUUUUUCUACAUGAACUAACCUCAAGUGCAAUUAGGAAGUGUUGACUGUAUGUACCGACCACAGACCAAACAUGACCAACCGAACUGGAUAGUGUAAAAAGCCAAGAGCUACACAAACUUGCACUAAUAUAGAAAGGUUUCUGCUAUUGAAUUGACGUAUUUGACAAGGUGAAGCCCACUGAUAUGUUCUUACCUCUCUGAACUUUCUCUACGUCUUGAGUGUCCAAGCCAAGGAAUCAAAUAUGAAGGAUGAUGCAAAGAAUCUACUUUAUGCAAAAAAAUUAAAUUAAAAUAAAUGUAUACAUUGAUGUCA